AAACGUCCGGUUGUGUAAGGAAACUUCCUGCUCUGCUGUGCGGCAGCGUGACUUUCACAGGACCUGAGCGUGGUGGUGCUGGAGCUCCACAGCUGCUUCAAGAUGCUGCUUCUAUCGAACCGGAUCAAGUUCUGCUCUCUGGCCUUCACCGCGGCCCGCCUCUACAGCAGCGGACCGGCGGCCGCCAACAAGAACCCGACCGUGUUCUUCGACAUCGCCGCAGACAACCAGCCGCUGGGCAGAGUCACCUUCGAGCUCAACGCGGAGGUGGUACCGAAAACCGCAGAAAACUUCCGAGCGCUGUGCACGGGAGAACAUGGCUUCGGUUACAAAGGAUCAACCUUCCACAGGGUGAUCCCUCAGUUCAUGUGCCAGGGUGGAGAUUUCACUAAUCACAAUGGGACUGGAGGGAAGUCGAUCUAUGGGUGGAAGUUUCCUGACGAGAACUUCAAACUGAAGCACACCGGACCCGGUAUCUUGUCGAUGGCCAACGCUGGACCCGACACCAAUGGAUCCCAGUUCUUCAUCUGCACCAGUAAAACAGAGUGGCUGGAUGGCAGACAUGUUGUGUUUGGCAGCGUCAAGGAGGGAAUGGACGUGGUCAGGAAAGUCGAGGCUUUCGGUUCACGGACCGGGCGGACCUCCAAGAGGAUCACGAUCACAGAUUGCGGGGAGCUCCAGUAGACUCCAUGUCGUGGUCUCGUCUCCUGCUGUAGCUUCAACAGAAAGAGACUCUCUGACGGCGCAGAGUUCUGCUGAAGACGCUCAGAACUCAGAACCUCACUCUUAUUUUUGUAGGUUUAAACGGUGUUUUUUAUUCAGGUAACGACGCACUUCACUGAGUCAUGCUAUAAAAUGUGAACUUGUAAAGUAGAAUUAACUUCUAUCGUAUUUCAACGGGAGCCGUACAUUACGUGACGUACAUUUCGGGGAACGGAGCAUUUAUUUGAAAAAUAAAGAGUUUUUCUGGAUUUG